AUGGCGUAUGGGUCACCUGCACGCGCCCCUCUCACCUGCACGCGCCCCUCUCACCUGCACGCGCCCCUCUCACCUGCACGCGCCCCUCUCACCUGCACGCGCCCCGCUCACCUGCACGCGCCCCGCUCACUUGCACGCGCCCCUCUCACCUGCACGCGCCCCUCUCACCUGCACGCGCCCCUCUCACCUGCACGCGCCCCUCUCACCUGCACGCGCCCCUCUCACCUGCACGCGCCCCUCUCACCUGCACGCGCCCCUCUCACCUGCACGCGCCCCUCUCACCUGCACGCGCCCCUCUCACCUGCACGCGCCCCUCUCACCUGCACGCGCCCCUCUCACCUGCACGCGCCCCUCUCACCUGCACGCGCCCCUCUCACCUGCACGCGCCCCUCUCACCUGCACGCGCCCCUCUCACCUGCACGCGCCCCUCUCACCUGCACGCGCCCCGCUCACCUGCACGCGCCCCGCUCACCUGCACGCGCCCCUCUCACCUGCACGCGCCCCGCUCACCUGCACGCGCCCCUCUCACCUGCACGCGCCCCUCUCACCUGCACGCGCCCCUCUCACCUGCACGCGCCCCUCUCACCUGCACGCGCCCCUCUCACCUGCACGCGCCCCUCUCACCUGCACGCGCCCCUCUCACCUGCACGCGCCCCUCUCACCUGCACGCGCCCCUCUCACCUGCACGCGCCCCUCUCACCUGCACGCACCCCUCUCACCUGCACGCACCCCUCUCACCUGCACGCACCCCUCUCACCUGCACGCGCCCCUCUCACCUGCACGCGCCCCUCUCACCUGCACGCGCCCCUCUCACCUGCACGCACCCCUCUCACCUGCACGCACCCCUCUCACCUGCACGCACCCCUCUCACCUGCAUGCACCCCUCUCACCUGCACGCACCCCUCUCACCUGCACGCACCCCUCUCACCUGCACGCACCCCUCUCACCUGCACGCACCCCUCUCACCUGCACGCACCCCUCUCACCUGCACGCACCCCUCUCACCUGCACGCACCCCUCUCACCUGCACGCGCCCCUCUCACCUGCACGCGCCCCUCUCACCUGCACGCACCCCUCUCACCUGCACGCACCCCUCUCACCUGCACGCACCCCUCUCACCUGCACGCGCCCCUCUCACCUGCACGCGCCCCUCUCACCUGCACGCACCCCUCUCACCUGCACGCACCCCUCUCACCUGCACGCACCCCUCUCACCUGCACGCGCCCAUCUCACCUGCACGCGCCCCUCUCACCUGCACGCGCCCCUCUCACCUGCACGCACCCCUCUCACCUGCACGCGCCCCUCUCACCUGCACGCGCCCCUCUCACCUGCACGCGCCCCUCUCACCUGCACGCACCCCUCUCACCUGCACGCACCCCUCUCACCUGCACGCACCCCUCUCACCUGCACGCACCCCUCUCACCUGCACGCAACCCUCUCACCUGCACGCACCCCUCUCACCUGCACGCACCCCUCUCACCUGCACGCACCCCUCUCACCUGCACGCACCCCUCUCACCUGCACGCGCCCCUCUCACCUGCACGCGCCCCUCUCACCUGCACGCGCCCCUCUCACCUGCACGCACCCCUCUCACCUGCACGCACCCCUCUCACCUGCACGCACCCCUCUCACCUGCACGCACCCCUCUCACCUGCACGCGCCCCUCUCACCUGCACGCGCCCCUCUCACCUGCACGCGCCCCUCUCACCUGCACGCGCCCCUCUCACCUGCACGCGCCCCUCUCACCUGCACGCGCCCCUCUCACCUGCACGCGCCCCUCUCACCUGCACGCGCCCCUCUCACCUGCACGCGCCCCUCUCACCUGCACGCGCCCCUCUCACCUGCACGCACCCCUCUCACCUGCACGCACCCCUCUCACCUGCACGCACCCCUCUCACCUGCACGCACCCCUCUCACCUGCACGCGCCCCUCUCACCUGCACGCGCCCCUCUCACCUGCACUCGCCCCUCUCACCUGCACGCGCCCCUCUCACCUGCACGCGCCCCUCUCACCUGCACUCGCCCCUCUCACCUGCACGCGCCCCUCUCACCUGCACGCGCCCCUCUCACCUGCACGCGCCCCUCUCACCUGCACGCGCCCCUCUCACCUGCACGCGCCGCUCUCACCUGCACGCGCCCCUCUCACCUGCACGCGCCCCUCUCACCUGCACGCGCCCCUCUCACCUGCACGCGCCCCUCUCACCUGCACUCGCCCCUCUCACCUGCACGCGCCCCUCUCACCUGCACGCGCCCCUCUCACCUGCACGCGCCCCUCUCACCUGCACGCGCCCCUCUCACCUGCACGCGCCCCUCUCACCUGCACGCGCCCCUCUCACCUGCACGCGCCCCUCUCACCUGCACGCGCCCUCUCACCUGCACGCGCCCCUCUCACCUGCACGCGCCCCUCUCACCUGCACGCGCCGCUCUCACCUGCACGCGCCCCUCUCACCUGCACGCGCCCCUCUCACCUGCACGCGCCCCUCUCACCUGCACGCGCCCCUCUCACCUGCACGCGCCCCUCUCACCUGCACGCGCCCCUCUCACCUGCACGCGCCCCUCUCACCUGCACGCGCCCCUCUCACCUGCACGCGCCCCUCUCACCUGCACUCGCCCCUCUCACCUGCACGCGCCCCUCUCACCUGCACGCGCCCCUCUCACCUGCACGCGCCCCUCUCACCUGCACGCGCCCCUCUCACCUGCACGCGCCCAUGGUCAUCCAGCAGCAGCAAGUGGCGGUCGCGGAUCAUCUCGCGAAUCACCCCCCUGCCCUCCCCCUCCACCUCCCCCUCGCUGCACACGCGCACCGCCACGCGUGGCCCGCUCAGGGGCGAGGCAUGGCGCAUGCACUGCAGAGAGCGGCGGGUGGGAGGGAGGGCAGGGCAGGAAGAGAGGGAGCAGGAGAAACGGCUGGCUAG